AUGAAGCUCUCAGUCUUCUUCAAGGUCAUAUUUGCGUCAUGCGCUGGCAUCCUCAGCCGCGCAGCGCUCGUCCAUGCGCAGGAAUCGGAGCAUCUUACGGCCAGGGAGGCGUUGAAGAAAGUAGACACAGCAGAUAAUGCCGGUAAAGCGAACACUGAGGUCGUUUUCGAGGUCGCCAUUUCGCCCAGGGAUGACAAAUCGCAGCCGCUGCCGUUCUGCGCUACUUUGGUCAGCACCUUGUGGUUCACUGACGACGAGAUCAACCAAGCGUCGAAUGCGGCCGCGCUUUUCGACAUUCUUCGGGGCAAAUUUGCUGCUAGGGCACGGGCAGCGGAUCUUGAGCAGAGGUUCGGGUUGCUGAAGCGCUUGUCUGCCCUAGCGUACCUCACGUCGAUGGGAAACCUGCAGAUUAUCGAGAACAAUGUGCAAAACGAGACCAGGAAUGUCCGAUUCGCAACUGAACUUGUGUCGCCAUUGGCUGACAAAUCUGCAUGGGAGAAACUGACUUCAUACACGACUGAGCUGUCGCUGUCCGUCACCGACGGCAACUGCCCGGAUGUCAAUGACGGUGAAAAUGUCGAGAUAUUCAACGAUCAGGACCCGAGCGAAUUUAAAUCGAUUGCCUUCGGCACUGGAGCCACUAGUGCAAUGCCACAUGCGCAGCAGGUAAAACAGGCUUCCCAACGGUCUCACAUUCAACAGGCAAGCGACGUUCCAGCUGGAAAUUCGGAAAUGUUAAGUGAUGCUACUUCGAGCGUCAAUGAAACUCCGGCAACUGAAUCUGGGUAUGGAACGCAAGGCAGCGGCAUGACCAGCAACGCGGCUGUCGGCACUGAACGUUCUGGGGACAACACGAAUGCACCAAGUGGAGGAGCAGGUAAAGACAAAGGGGAUUACGUGAAACUUUCCCCUGAGGAGGAGACUAAGUACAUGGACCUCUUCGAAGGUUCUGACAAGCAGGACUAUGGUAGCGAGGCCAUGGUGCCGAUGAAGGUCACGAUCAAGACCAAGGUGCUGCCAAUCAGCGUCGUCCUCACCAGCAACUACUACAUAACGCAUUCAACUGUGUUAAUGACGCAGCGACAGUUCAAGUCCUGCCAAGAUCAGGAUUACGUCAAAUGCCUCAAGGUUGUCAGGGACAAACUCUUCGAUAGGUACGAGCACGAGGCGUCCAAGAAGUUCGUAAGGGGGCGGUUCAUCUCCCUGCUGCAGUCGCUGCUGUUGCAGUACGACCUGUACGUGCUGCCAAUGCAGCCUGAUGCCAAGGGUGUGCCCGAGGUUGGCGUGUUCAUAACUGUGUACACCACCACUUUCGCUAACUUGAGUGCAUGGGAGAGGCUUUUCGGAGAGGCCCACUCGUCAGACGGGAAGGUAGAUCUCGACCUGCAGGCAUCACCUAAUCCUCUGACCAAGCCUGAGGAGGCACUAUGGAUCAACCUCCAGAAGGGCUACCCCGCACCAAAAUACGAAAAGCUGUUCAUGGAGGAGAACCCGCAGCUUAAACUGGGCAGUCGCCACGUGAGGUCCAAGCACGAUCUCAUAGAGGAGGAUAUCAAGCAGAAGAUGGCUGACCUGAAGAAGAAACGUGAUAGUUUACUUACGAAGUUUGAUGCAGUUGACGAGGAUGAAGCCAACAACGAAACUAUUGAGCCCAAGAAGGAACCUGUACACCACGAAGAUUCGCCAUCUACAGAGACCGAAAACAAAACGGAAUCAGAAAACAACGUGCCAACUCCCUCUGCGGAAGCUGAACAUAAGACGGAAUCCCAGAACCAUGAAACAAUUACAUCUGCGGAAACUGAACACAAACCGGAACAGAAUCAUGAAACUGCUCAAUCUACAGAGAACCAAUAUGGGUCGGAAACCCGUGAGAGUGUUCCAUCUACGGAAAGCGAACACAAGACGGAAAACCAAGGCGGUGAGAGCACGCAACCGACUGAGACUGCUGACAACGAAAACAAAUCGGAAAACUCUGAAAACACGCCAUCGACAGAAACCGGUGAGCAGCAACCCGAACAGGUUAAUGGUGAAGGCGAGGCUGCAAACGCAAGUUCCGACGCACAGGCCAAUGGCGAGAGCAGCCCUGAAGGUGCGACCAUGGGACCAGGAAGUGCCGCAUUUGAUGCGUUCACGAAUCGUUCCGCGGAAGGGGAAGGAGCAAACGGCGAACAGAACCAGGUAGUACACAACAUUGAGUACACUGAAGGCACACCUCUCAAGCCAUCUGCCCCCCCAAAGCCGGAAACCAAGGAGGAUAUGCGCAAGAUGGUCUCUGCGUACGAGAGCGCGCUCAUGCAUGUCCCCAAAGAAAUCCACGGUUACCAACUGUCGUACAAGGACAUCGAAAACUACCCUGAGUUGCAAAAGACGUGGAAGAUCGGACUAACAACGAUGGGUCUUAUGAAGGAAGAAGACGAACUUGCCCCUUUCCUCGAAAAGCAUAACUUCACCUACGACCAGCUGAAGGACCUCUUCAACUUCACCUAUGGUGUCAUCGCCGUCAACAUGUACGAGGAGGCGAGGGACUUCUAUGAAAGUGCCAGAAUCCCGAAGGAGUCGGUUGAGACCAGCUUGACUAUGGUGCAAAACUCGUUCCGCGCCAACACUGGCACCAACAUCACCAGGUUACCGCCUGUUGUGAAGAAGAUGGCGCACGCUUGCCCAGUGAGGGAUAUGAUCAUAUCGCUGUCGACUGAUGACCUGAUCGAUCGUAUGCAGAUCAUGUUGGGUUCGUGGCUGGAACCGUUCGAAACGGAACCCGAUCUGGAGAACAACUUCAACCUCGCGGCUCUGUGCUCGACUGCGGCAGUCGUUAUCCAGCAGUGGCGCUACCUGCAGGUCUACCAGGGCUACAACGAGGAGGGUUCCGCCUGGGCAGUGCUCUUGCAGUCGUUUUCGAGGAUGGGCCAGAGCAAGAACGAGCAGCCGGAGGUCAGGAGCCGCUACAAGGAAAUGGUCAACGGCAAGGCGGCGAAACUGUGCAGGCAGUACAUCAACGAGGCGGGCUCGGUCGCCAGCACCCCGCACAAGGGAAUCACGAGAAACUACGAAGCAAGGUCGCUCGUGGGUGCCAUUGGCAACAUUCUGGACGAAAACAUGGAAGCGAGUGUUGACGAGAUCGUGACGUCGUUGAGCAAAUACUUCGCAGCCGCAAACGAGAAGAAACGCCUUGGCGAAGCCUUGGGCGUCUGCAUCUCCCUGCAGGUUGUAGACAAGAUGCACCGCUGCCUCUCCGUCGAGCGCUCCAACGACUACUCGCUGUACAAGCUGGACCUGAUCACCCACGACGCGGGACCCAUUCUGGACCGUUUAACAACUUCUAACGUGCUGGCGGACGGUCAGCAAAAGAACAGCAACGCGUCUUUCGUUCACAUGGCUUGUGACCCUAGAAACGCAGAAAUCCAGGAGAUCAUUGACAAGAUGUUCAAGCUCCUGUCUAACGACGGUCAUCCGAUCAUCAUCGAAACGCUCGACAAAAGGAACUACAAGCACCCUAUGGUUAAGGAGACGGGCGAGAUGGUGGAGGAAGAGGGCGCACCGGGGUUGUUGGAGGACGAUUAUGUAGAGCUGGAGGAUGCGGAGACGCUAUCUAAAGCCGAGGAAGGUACCGACGCUGCGAAGAUUCUUGAAGAAAAGAAGCCACCAACAUCGUUCCUGGAACUGCAUGGGUACCACAGCAUGAAGCCAGCAAGUGACGAGGAUCAGAGGAAAAUGGACAUUAUCAACAUGCUGCGUCCGCAGGAACUUGCCGGCUGCCGCACUCAUGGAGCUAUCCCCAGAGAGAUGACGGUACUCGACAAAAUCAUGCACAACAAUGCGCCUUACGGCGUCGUUGACCCGGCCGACCUUAGGACGAUCAUGUUCGACUUCAGAAUGAUCCCUAUCAUGGACGAAGAUGACAUCAAAUCGAUGUUGGUUCCCCUAGUUUUCCAGAAGCAUGAGGCGAACUACCUAAAGAUGCUCAAAUCCCACGAAUACCCGAUGGUUCUUGCCCACAAGAUCGAGCAGCGGAUGCAUAACGUGAAACAGCACCUGCCUACGGACGACCUGCUUAGCCACGCGCGGGCGAUCGGUAACAUGGAGGGCAAGGACGAGGUCACGAUAUCGCUGGACAAGCACACCGUCCACAGGAACAGGCAGCUCAACGACUUCAAGCAGCUGCUGAAGGUGCUGCGUGAGCUCCCGCACGACGGGUUCUACUUCGAACAGGCAGACGGCAAGGAGCUGCCGCUGCACUCCAUCGGCGAGAUCACCGCCAAGUCCCUGGAGCACCGGAGGGACAAGCCGCAUGUCAUCAUCAUGCAGAUCAUCGACCCGGUGCACAUCGCAGACAACGACGAAUUGUUCACGCACCACUGA